AGGCAAACAUACCAAUUAAAGGCACCGUUUUUAACAUACCAGAGGUAUCCGUGAAAUUUCAAGCUCUACGCAUCUUUCAUAUCUCCUGGAGAGAUGGCUGGAGUUACCUGGAACAGCAUUUGCCAUCUUGGGCUCCUCACCUAUCUUCUGCUUUUCUCUUACAUUUCUGUGACCACUUCAGUGAGUCUCGACCUAACUGAGCUUAGAAAUAAAGUUGCAAAAAUUAAAGUAAAUCCGAGGGGGAAUUUAUGGGCCACAGGUCACUUCAUGGGAAAGAAGAGUGUUGUGGACAGCUCGUUGCUAGCGUCUUCCAAUGAGCCUUCCAUGAACGAAAUUCAAGUAGCUAUGAGCCCCGAGCGGCAAGCGCAGGACUUGAGGGAGCUAGUCACACAAGAGCUGCUGAAAAUCGCGCUGCAGGCUCAGUUACUGGACGCUCCGAGGAAACAAGAUGCUGAUGACCAGGAGACGGGUUUGUUGAUGAAGAUAUUGGAAACCUACAUUGGAAAUAGCAGAAAGUGAUGAAGGCACAGGUCCUAAUUGCUCCCGGUGGCUAUACCGAUGCAAAGCAUUCGCGUGCAGCACAGGAUUGAAGACUCGCAUAAGAGAACUCCAAAGGUUUACGUUUACAAUUUAGUGAAAGAUUUUAAACAACUCUUCAUUUUGAAAAGAUUGUAAUGUUGUCUUUUUAUGUUAGCUAAUGUAAUAUUGUUGAUAUAACCUAUUAAAAA